AUGGAAGAAUUUUAUUCGAAAGUUGACCGAAAUCUUGGAGAUUCUCACGUAAAAAAAAUUUGUGAGCAUUUACUAAAUUUUUCGGAAGAUUCAAAAACUUCGUGGGAUAAAUUGAAAAAACUUCACACAGAGGUUUGUUUUUAAUGUUUUUUUUUCAAAAAAAAAAAUAAAUAAAAUAUUUCAGACACAAAAAGUAUUUCUUGAGUCUGAUAUCCCGCAGCGAAAAUUGACGCCAUUGCCCAAGUCCAAAAAAUCAGUGUAA